CUCCAGCUGCGAGUAGGCGUGGCACUAACACUCGACACUCGACUUAAACAGCGAGACACAAUGCGCUACACGCUCAUGCUUGCAUUUCAAUAAUUUAACCCGAUUUACAGCAUCUAGAAUUUCGGAUAAAUUUUUUAAUAGAAAAACAUUUAUUUAUUCAAAUUUGAAUUUCGGUGUGUGGAAGGAAUUAAGUGGCGAAUGAUCUGUAUAAUUGAAACAAAAUAAUUAUUCUUUAGUUUCUUCAGGAAAUUUGACCGUAAUUUCAAAAAAUUCCAUUGAUUGAAUAUUUUACUCGCGUUGGCGAUAAUUUUCACGCAUAUGUACCUUGAAUUUAAUGUAAUUAUUACAUAAAUAUUAAAUAUUUUCUUCUACUUCUCCACUAAAUAUAAAUCCAAAUUCGUGGGUGAGAUAUUAUUAACCAUCGCCUGAAUUUUUCUAAAUUUUUUUUAAUGAUGGAACUGAUGGAACCACUAAGAUUUAUAAAACUAACAAAAUGUAUUCUUCCUUUGAUGUCAUUGAAGGCAAAAUUAAUCAAUUGAAAUUUGUUUUUCUCAUUUAUUAUUUAGUAACUCUAAUUUCCCUAAUUUCAACCAUGUAAAAAAUUCUCACGUUCACGUUUUUUUUAUUUUACUGACUUUUCAUCCUGCGCAUCAGUGAUGAAAAAUAAUUUUUUAUCGAUUUAAACUGUUGACUUGUAAGGAUCGAACCAAAAGAAAUUAAAGUGAUCUGUUUAAGAAAAAGUUUUUCGAAAAUUUGCAUUAUGUUUAAUUUCCCUUUUAUAAUGGCAUACAACUCGCAACCUUCGCAACCUUAUGAUUUUCCUUUUUCAUUGGGUAUUGGGUCACAAACGACGAACGUCUCUACUACCAUCUAGCGGACGUCGUCGUGCAACUCGUGUUAACGCAGCGCAUAGAAUGGCAUCUUCUCACUUCUCCCGCCGUUUUCAAUCGACAACAACGAAUCCAAGCCUUACAAUCGCCUUGAAUCUAUGUAAGAUUUUAGAGACAGCAGGAACGUGGCAGCUCAUGCUCUUCCAGCGAAUCCAUCCUGGCAAGGACAUCAUUAAACGUAACCUGGCAAUGCAGUGGUUUCUGCCGUUUCUGCUGUUGCAUCAUCCCCUCUCUUGAUCACAAAAAUCGGAAGGUCGCGUCAUCGCAGCACAAUUAUGCCUUCAAUCUGGAUAUUCAAAGAAUCAUUUAUUAUAUCGACGGAAGCCGCGCCAUGAUUAUGCUUUAAGAGACCAAGGACUAAAAAUGCAUCCUUUCUGCCGGUUCUGUCAAAGUCCUACAGACAGAAACAUCCACCUGGAAGAAUUGAAUGUCGAAAGGUUUGAGAAGUGGGCUUGCAUUAACCUAGGCUUAAAGCUGAAAUUCAUACCUGGAUUUUCCUCAAGUAUUUGUUGGGCAUGUGUGACAACAUUCCAAAAUUGGGCUUCCAUGGUAGCAGACAGAGCCAAACACCAAGGAGACGACUUUUUAGGAAAUCAGCCAAAGUGGUGGAAUUCUCUCUCAUGCAGAAAACCUGGGAUGAAAUCCGAUGAUGAAAGACUGGAAAAAAAUGGAAUUGAUGAGGAUUACGACGGAGAUGCAAUUGAAUGGAACUCCAGCAUUCAAGAUGUUGCAAUUGAAUGCAACUCCAGCACUCAAGAAGUUGCAAUUGAAUGCAACUCCAGCACUCAAGAAGUUGCAAUUGAAUGCAACUCCAGCACUCAAGAAGUUGCAAUUGAAUGCAACUCCAGCACUCAAGAAGUUGCAAUUAAAUGCUCAAAAAAUCACAAGGAGCCAUUUGAGCCAUCAUUCACACCUUCCAUUGAAGCAGUAUUUUCCAAUGAGGGUAUUAAGGAGUGCUCGGUGAAACUUCCAAUUCUGAAUACCAAUUUCAUCGAUAAGUGCUGCAAAGGCCUGGUUGAUCUCAGUAAAUAUCAGCCAAAGCUAAUCAUAAUUGAGUGCAUCAAGUGCAACAUUUCAUUUGGAAAUUUCCUGGAAAAACAACAGCAUUUUGCCAAACUUCACCCUGAGUUCAAGUCAUGCCCAUUUUGCCUCAGCGUGUUCCCUCCCACCACCAAACUGUCAAAUCACCUCAUGGAACAGAACUGCUGCGAAGAUAUCCCUCAACUUGAGCUCCUCUGUCCUAAGUGCCAUGUGUCGGAGUACAACUACAAGAAGUUAUUCCGCCACUUUAACCAUGUCCACAAAGGCCCACUCCCUGAUCAGAUGUACCGUUGUUCGGGCUGCAAAUUUGUAUAUUUUGAGAAGAAGCAGUUGGAUGAUCAUUUCAAGCACAGUCACAAAGAGCACAAAUGCAAACAAUGCGCUGCCUCCUUCAAGAGCAACGUGCUGGUCUUUUCGCACAUGGCACUUGAACACCCAGAUUUUCGGUUUGGAGACUUCUGCAAGAGAGUUGCUGGUCAGCCCCUGCAGUGUUUUGUUUGCGAUGCAAUGUUUCCAAGAGAAUCGCGAAUGGCUAAACAUUUCCUUCAGUAUCAUCCUGAACUGAUGGGAACUCUAGAAGCGCCAGAUGUGGUGCUGGAGCUUGCAGAGCAAGAAGAAAAAUGCCACACCCCUGCAUUAAAAUAUGACUCAAACGACAGUGAUGAAUCUGCUCAAAAGAAAUUCAUUCCAAAAGACAUACCAAUCAAGAGAAUUGCUCCUGUUAAAAGGAUUUCCACCCUGACGUUUCACUGUCCGCAUUGUGAGAAAUUCUUCUACAAGAGAUUUCAUUUGAGGAAACACUUAGAGCAGCAUUUGAAAAAUCCCAAGAUUCCUGUGGUAUCCACAGUGUCUAUUGAGGUUUCGUCCAUGAUUCAAGAUCAAGACAGCAAGCCACCUACUAACUUGGUCAUCUCGAAACCGCAGCCUGCCAUUACAACGAAGCCAAUGCCAUCAAGCUGUGAUAAAGUAAAUACCCCUCCGUUAGCCAAGGAAUUUCCUUGCAUUUAUUGUAGCAUAGCGCCGUUCUCCACUAUGUCGCAACUUGUAGAACACACAAGAACCUCCCAUUUUAAAAGUUUAAAUUGCGCUUCUCCCUCAAAAUGCGAAAGCAACUGUCAGAAAGAUACCGAGGUGUCACCUGAAAGCCGUCAUGAAGGUGUCGAAUCCUGCUCAUCUAAGAAGACUUCGUUUGAAACAGAAAAUGCUGAGCCCUCCACUUCUAUGGUUGAGCCUCGCGAAAAAACUGUUGAACAAGUCAAGCCUGUUGACUUUAGCAUAAAUCCCUUGCCUGAUGAGAAUGAAAAAGACCGGUGUCCUGUAAGACCAGACUCUCCAGAUGACUUGCACUUUCACCGCUGGAAGCCCAAAUGGAUGCAAAUUUCAAAGUCCAACCAACAUGAACCAGAUAGUCGUCCAUUAAAAAAGAAACAACUGGGUAUAGAAAAAUUGAAGAAGAAGCAGAAAUACAAUCCCAACAAAAAGAUCCGGGUCGCAACGAAUUGUCCUGGCUGCGGGAUUUUCAUCGGCGACGCCGUAUUUUUCAAGGACCACAUUGCUGAGUGUUCUCUAGUAAAUCAACUGGUCAAGACAAGAAUCAGGAGCUGCCCGUAUGAAGUGCUGCCUGACUUCAAGUUCGUUAAAUGCAAGUCGUGCAAUGAUCACUUCCCCAGCAUGGCUGCUAUGUACAAACACACUAAUGACGUCCACCCUGAAACCAUCCACUUCAAGUGCUCCUUUUGUGGAUUUUUCUUCCCCAGCCAAAAAGAGCUCGACUCUCACUUCGCACAGAUGCAUGAACGCCAUUCUGCUAUCAAAAAAAAGCUGAUCGUUAGAGGUACAAAAAGUGGAUCAAUGAUUAUCAAGAAAACUUUCAACUUUCUCAGGGCUCCGGGAAAGAAUUUGGAUUCCCUCACAACUAAGAAGCCUGAUGCAAGUAUUUCUUCUAGCAAAAUGGCUGGCAGCAGUGAAAGCACCAUUUCUGCACCAACUCCAAGCAGCCCGUUUCCAAUUUCCGCGUCCAAGAAAGCGCAGGCGAUUAAGGGUCAGAAUGCGCAUUCAGAUACAUCUAGCUUGAAAAACGGUCAAGUAACUUGCAGCGAUCGAACGCCAAUAAACUUCAAACCUGUCAAGCAAGGAUUAAUCAAGUGCCAUCAAUGUACGGCUGUUUUUGAGUCAGAAUUGAUUUUGAAUGAGCACAUGUCGCUUUCUCACCUGCCACUGAGAUGGCACAUUUGCUUCACUUGCCCAGACCGACCUAAAUUUCCAUCGCUCUAUUCACUUGAUGCUCACAUCGAUUCUGGCCAUUCUGUGGGCACUACAAGCAGUGAAGGAUUAGCUUCGUGGUUGCUAACAAAAUCAACCAAACAGCGGGUUCAAUUGACCAAACAAAAGGUCUCGCAGAUACCAACCAACUUAUUGACGAAUGAUUUCAGGAAGGCGGAAAAAUGCCAGAUGUGUGACUUUGUAUCUUUCAGUCCUGAAAUGAAACAAAAGCACUUGGAAAUGUACCACCCCGCACACCAGAAAAACGAAUGUCUCUACUGCCCAAUGUGCAACAUGACGUUUGUCAGCAAGGUCGUGCAUCUAAUCCACGCGAGCCAAUGCCGAGGUCCUCGGGCUAAGAAGGGCACAAAAAAACCUGCGCGCAAAGUGGGACAGUUUCGAUUAGAUGAGGUGGAACCAAGCAAAAGCGCACCAGAACCUCACGUCAUUGAUUUCCGUACACACAAAACAGGAAAUCUAGAAAGUGUUGUGUGCGACAGGGUGAUAAAACCAGUUAAUCCAAAUUUCUUGGAAAUUCCAAAAAUUCGAUCGACGCCGAAUGAAGAGGCCACCAGUCCAAAAAGUGCCCCGGUCAUGCUCAACUGCGACGUGAGCCAAGAUGUACCAGCAAAAAAACCACGAAUGUCCAAUGUUGACGAGCAGCAACGAAGUACAACAGUCGUGGCAAAUGCCCCUUGCUAAAAGUUUCCAACUCAACGGAGUGUUUGUAGAAGACUAAGGCAACAUUAUUGGGCUACUUUAAAUAGAUUGUAUAUUCAUCGCGUGUGAAUCGCCGACUUGAAUUGGAAUGUGAAAUUAUUGCCUCUGUGAAUUAUUUUCUUAACCGUGUUGUAUGAAUCUCAUUUAUGUGUUCAAAAUUAAAUGGCAAAUAUAAAUUUAAGGUAUAUUUGUUCACAACGAAUAAAUAGUGUAACACCUGUAAUAAUA